GAAAACACCAUCACACUCACUGAGAGCAGGAACUGUACUAACUGCUGUCCAGGAGACAAUGAAAAACACUUCUUGUCCUCGGGUCAACUUUGACUUUGAACACAGAUUCCUGCCUCCUGUUUACAUGUUAGUAUUCAUCAUUGGUCUGGCAGCUAAUGGAUGGGGGCUGAAGACUUUGCUGCACAACUGGAAGAAACUAAAGAUCAUCAAUGUGUUUGUUCUUAACCUUGGACUCGCUGAUAUUUUGUACCUCCUCACACUCCCGUUUUUGGUGGUGUACUACUUCAUGAAGAGUCGAUGGAUCUUUGGAGAUACAUUCUGCAAGGUAACAAGAUUCUGCUUCAACCUGAAUUUAUAUGGCAGCAUUGGGUUCCUUACCUGUAUAAGUGUGUACAGGUACCUGGCCAUUGUCCAUCCAAUGAGAGUGAUGGGAAGAAUAACUGUCACCCACUCUGUGACUAUCUCAGUCAUGGUUUGGCUGUUGGUGAGUGUUCAAAGUCUUCCAGACAUGUUUUACCCCAAAACAUUUGGAAACACCACUGGAAAAUGCUACGAUACCACCAGUACGAUCCAUGUUGAGGAUUACCUGAAGUACAGCCUUGGAUGGACCCUCACUGGGUUUUGCAUCCCGUUCCUCAUCACAGCGGGCUGUUAUGGACAUGUGAUUGUUCUUCUCUGCCAAACAAAUACCAUUGACAAGGUACUGAAACAGAGAAGUCUGAAGUUGUUGUUCAUCUUGAUUCUUCUCUUCUCUGUUUGUUACAUCCCCUAUCAUGUACUCAAAAACCUCAACCUCUGGUCAAGAGUUCUGUCCAAACAGCGGAUUUGCCGUGGAUGGUCCAACGGAGUCUUCGUUGCUCGUCAGAUAAGUCGAGCCCUUGUGUGUCUGAACAGUGCUCUCAACCCUCUGGUUUACCUCCACGGAAAUGAAGAUAUUCCUGCUCAGCUCAGACAACUCGUCCAGCGAGCUCGUCAAGCUGUCAUGCAGCUGUCCAUCACCCCAUCUCAAGUGUAUCAGAGUUAAAAAUAACUAUCAUGAGUUUCUUCAAAAUUUAUUUGCUUUCCUUGUACAUAGUUUUGGAGCCACCUGGUGGAUUACUCGUGCAACAGCACAGAUAGGGUUUCCUCAUGCGCACUGUCGUUGACUCGGCAAAAAGGAAAUAUAUGCAGGCUGGAGGUGGGUGCAUGUGAGCGAUGUUGUGAUCGUUAGUUCUUUGUUUUAUGUUUUAAAAUUCUUUUUGCAACUGUCCGUGACCUACACCAUGACUAUAAACAAUACCAUAAUGUAGUGUGAAAUUUAGAGGCACUUCUGUGCACAUAUUUUAACUUUAUUCACGAGUAUCGUCGUGGCUAAAUGUAGUUAAUGCUAGUUAGCUAGCCAUGCACCAGCCGGCUUUUUCCUGGCCGUUAUGUCAUAUUAUUUCAUGAUUUUUGUCAUUUCUGUUACACAGCUUUCAAAGGCUACAGCUGUGCUGUCGAUGACCACUGUGUGCUGUUAAUUUUUCUUUGCCAGGUAGGCUUUGUUUAUUUGGGUUUCACAUAUUUUUAUUUCGUUCCAGUUUGUGACUUAUUGGGUUUUGUGUAAAAUUAAGACUUUUGUUGUAUUAUAAGGUACACAAAAUGUUUAUUUAGAAUAUAAGAGAAAAUAGCUCUUGGAUGCUCUGUAUAAGGUCAUAUUAUAUAAUAAUACCACUAUACGAUCAUAUGGUUUGCAGAAUGUAUAGAGAAAGACUGUAAUGACACUGUGGUGUAUAUGGGUGUUUAUACCAGUCUUUUAAAAAAAAGGAAAUAUAUGCAGGCUGGAGCUUUCAAAGGCUACAGCUGUGCUGUCGAUGACCACUGUGUGCUGUUAAUUUUUCUUUGCCAGCUCCAGAAAUAAAGGCAGUGCAAGAGC